CAGAACCGUUGGUCACCUGUAAGCGGCACCUGCAAACGACAAAGGCAACAAACCAACAGCCUAUUACAAAUUAAGUAUCAGGUGCAAUUUUUUUCUUAAAAAGGUGCAACGAUAACUGCGAAGACUUCAAUGGAUAAGUUCCCUUCGCGUGAACUAUUACCUAGUUGUGAAUUUUUACUAGCUGAGUGUGAAAUGCACCGCCAGCCUUCGGUGUCUGUGAAGCGCGAAUAACAUUUGGAUGGUUAAUUUUACCGCAAUAACUGUUCGACAUAUAAGAUGCCUUUAUCAAUAUGUGCAUGUGUUAUGUGACGAGGAAAUCUACCAGAAGGAAUAAAGAAAGCGUUUGUUCAGAAUUUGUUUUAAGACAUCCUGUAACAAAACGUUCGCUAAAGGGUUAUUCGUGAUCAGACAAUUCAAUUAAGCAAACUGCCCCUAAUAACUGGAAAUGAUGGGUGUAGCAAGGGAUAAACACCUCUUAACUUCCGGAUACUUGCCGACUCUUAGAAGUGGCUUGUAUAAGAACGCGAUGUUAAAUUUGUACCUCGUCCUGGCGUUCGUCACCAUCAUUUUACUUGACCCUCAAGCGUUGACUGUUUCGGUAGCUAAGUCGGCUGGGAGCACAACCGCGCACACAUCCUUUCACUCAGAUGCAAUAUCGAGGAACUACCAAGCCCGAGCCCGUCCUCUGAUUACUCUUAGCUCAGGAGAGUAUGAUAAUACGGAAGGCGGGGAAACUUCGAGUCGGGAUAGUGACCAUUACGGUGAUGAGGAGGAGUCUACGUCGACAGGCAGAUCGUUUAGCUUAGAAGACUGUGCCCGUUUGUUGACAAGCACAGCCCCUCCGGACUCUGGCGUGACCAGUUCGCGCACCAUCGGCGGUGGUGGAUUCGCAAUUCGUAUUGCAGGGAUGCCAACGAAAUACCUACACGGUGAAAGUUACACAGUAUUACUUCAAGCACCCCCUGAAUAUAGCAAUUCUCCACCGCGACGUUUCAUUGGAUUUACGCUGUUGCUGAGCGCCGGAUCAGACGACCAUCACUCAGCACGCCACCGAGGCCGGAGCGUGACAGAUAUUAAAAGGCGCAUUUCACACCGCGCAGCUUCCAUGGAACACCCCCGGCGAGCUCAGGACAUUGUCGGUGCUUUCCAGACGUUCGGGGAUGCGUUAUCACGUCUUUUGUCGGAUGACUGCGGUCACGUGGUUAAUGCUGCAUCUUCAGUCCCAAAAAGCGAAGUGAGCGUGAUAUGGACGGCGCCGCCUAUUGGCGCUAGCUGCGUGAUUUUUAGCGCCACCGUUAUCGAGUCGCCGGAAACUUGGUUUGCAGACGAUAACGAACUAACAAAGGAGCUGUGUCCAGAAGAGCGUGAAGACGAGGACGUUCAGCCACCCCUCUUGGCUGAGUGCUGCGCUUGUGAUGAAGCUAAAUACGAGCUCAUUUUUGAAGGACUCUGGUCUAAAAACACACAUCCAAUAGGUUAUCCAGAGAACGCAUGGUUAACAUACUUUUCGGAUAUAAUCGGUGCUUCACAUGCGGCCGACUUUCGGAUGUGGCAAUACGGAGGUCCUCCGUCAGAUGGCGUUCGCAGCGUGGCUGAACAACGCUCAACCAGUAGGCUCGAGGCCGAGCUUAAAGCGCAGUCAGGAAAAAUCCGGACAAUAAUUAAGGCUCGCGGUUUAUGGCAUCCAGCAGCAACCGAUGGCGGACGGACGUUUGCUGUGUUCCGUGUCGACCGACGUCAUCAUGUCGUGUCAGCGCUCUCAGCCCUUGGACCUCCCUCGGCUCACACCCCCUCCUGGCUAGUGGGAGUAAGCGCUCUCGAACUUUGUCUCCGCAACUGUUCUUGGGUUGCAUCAAAGACCAUGAAUCUCUACCCAUGGCAUGCGGUAGCAACGACGCCAGGAGUCAGCGGUGAUACCGAAGAAUCGACACAUCCUAUAAUCAUGCUGCAUCGUUCCGCACCUAUAGUUCCUCAGUUGAUCCGUCCGGUUGAAACAGCUGAGGCGUCGCCAAUGAAACCAGUAGCAAGGCUAACCAUUACAAGACAACGUCUUUACGAAAAGGUCUCGUGUGAUCCCGACGCUGCCGAACGGCCAAGAUCUGGCUCGAUCAAAGAAGAUAAAUUGAGGGCGUCCGAUCCCAAUGCGACCCCACAUGCAAGCGUCAAUGAGACUGGCGUUUCCUCGUCGUGUAAGAGCAUCUUUGGGCCAUGGGGACCUUGGGGACCCUGUUCUGCUUCCUGUGGAGGCCACGGACUUCGAUAUCGAACGCGUUCUUUACUCGUUCCGUCAGACGAUGAUCAAGGCGCAGAGUGCUCCUCGCCUGAGGGCGAAGUCGAUCCACAAACUCUACUUGAACAAAGCGAGGAGUGCGAAAACACGUGUACAAAUGGUAUCUCGUGUGAAACUACCGCCUGGUCACAAUGGACAGAGUGUGCAGCUACCUGCAACAAGGGGAUUCGGGCUCGUCGGCGGAAAUAUCUCGCAUCGCAGCAUAUGGCUCGAAAAGUUUGUUCCGUAAAUUUAGUGGAGAGAGAAGUUUGCGAAGCACCACAGGAUAUCGACUGCGCGUCGGAAAACAUUUCAUGGGAGUGUGCGGUCAGCGAAUGGAGUGAAUGGUCUCCAUGUACCGCAUCAUGUGGCGCUGAAGGUGUCCGUUUUCGAACGCGGGCGCACCUCCGACCUCAGCUAGCAGCUCUUGCUCGUUGCGCCGUGCCCCAACUACACAAGGCCACUUGCAGGUCUGAGCAGGUAAACACGGUUUGUGGGGAUGACGAACGAAAAGCACAAGAAGCUUGUUUCCUAGCUAACGAGCCCGGACCCUGCCGUGGCGCAUUUCACCGUUUCUACUACGAUAUCCGUUUGGGAAAAUGUAUGAAAUUCAUGUGGGGAGGCUGUAGAGGAAAUAAAAAUCGAUUUGAGACAUUUGCAGAGUGCAAAUCAAAAUGCGGCCGAGCCCUUGAAGUGUUAAGACUGAAUCAUCAGUUGCCCGUACCAACAACGGGGCCGUCGUUGUGGCUGUUUGAUGGCAGUCGUUAUGCAGGAAGGAAUCAUCCGGAUUCAGUGCUCGGGCUAACUUCUGAAACGCCUUUAUUUGAGCCGCCCUCCCCGAUACCAUCAAAUGAUGAUCAAGACGACAUGGAUGAAGCCCCAGGUCCUCCAGUUGACUGUGUCGUGACCCGUUGGUCCGAAUGGAGCCUCUGUAGUAAGACAUGUGGCAACGGGCGACGGUCACGUCGGCGUAUGGUGAAGACGAAUGCUCGUCGAGGGGGUCGGCCGUGUCCGCGAAAACUCGUUCAGCGAAGGAGAUGUCACGAUAAUCCGCCCUGCUCCACCGAAGGCAACAGUAGUGGCACCAGCAGCAGCCGUCCACGUCAGAAAGCCACAACACGCAGCAGCAGCAGACUGCUAACUAUAAAUAGCGCAAACGGGUCUAGCUCGAUGGUUUAGGUUGGCUUCUGGCACAGGACGUUCCGUCAUUCCGCUAACGAGGACAGUGAAAC